UUCCUCUUGGUCUACUCUACGGUAAGGAGCGAUGGUGUCGCUGAAGCUACAGAAGAGGCUUGCAGCCAGCGUCCUCAAGUGCGGUAGAGGCAAGGUUUGGCUAGAUCCCAAUGAAGGCAAUGAGAUUUCCAUGGCUAAUUCGCGUCAGAACAUCAGAAAGUUGGUUAAGGAUGGGUUUAUCAUCAGGAAGCCUACCAAGAUUCACUCACGAUCACGUGCUCGUCGUAUGAAGGAAGCAAAAAGAAAGGGGCGUCAUUCUGGAUAUGGUAAACGUAAGGGUACCAGGGAGGCAAGGUUGCCGACUAAGAUUUUGUGGAUGAGGAGGAUGAGGGUAUUGAGGCGCUUGCUCCGCAAGUACCGAGAGUCUAAGAAGAUUGAUAAGCAUAUGUAUCAUGAUAUGUACAUGAAGGUCAAGGGUAAUGUCUUCAAGAAUAAGCGUGUGCUGAUGGAAAGCAUUCACAAAUCAAAGGCUGAAAAGGCUAGAGAGAAGACUUUAUCCGACCAGUUUGAGGCCAAGCGAGCAAAGAACAAGGCCAGCAGGGAAAGGAAGUUGGCACGGAGAGAGGAACGGUUGGCUCAGGGUCCACAGGAGAGAACGCCAGCAGCCCCAGCCGCUKCCCCGGCAUCACAACCUGCUGCACAGGCACCAAAGAAAUCCAGGAAGUGAGGUGUGUAUGUUGGUGAUGAAGAAUAUGUCAAUGUUUUAACURGCCUUGCAGUUUAAUUUUUUGACCCGCUUGUCUUUGUCGUUUUGGCUUUUCAAUGGAACAAUUUUAUUUAGAAGGUGGAAGGAAGACCUUGAUACCAUUCCCUGCUUGUUUAAUGUUGGUUAUAUUAUUAUAUGAAAUGCUCAUGCAACUUUAUGGUUUUUGGUGCA